AUGAGAGAUCUGUACAUAAAGUUCCUCUAUCACACAGUUGGUAACCAGAGCCCUCCAACUCAUCUGCUUGCUUCAGAGCCAAGGUUUCAAAUGCUGGAAUUCGACCGAAGCAACGAAAACACUCCGUCAACUAGUUAUCGGGGCGACGGGGCAGUAAUCUCCACCUCCCCUUCAAGGGCGUCUCAACAGUCGCACGUACCUGGCGAUUCUACCACUAGCACUGAAUCCAUGCGUUCAAAGUCACCUCGCACUCGUCUUUCGCACAACCCCGAUGAUUACUUGCGCAUGGCGAAGUGGCGGCUUGAUGACCUCAGUUUUCUUGUUGGCUCGGAUAUGGCUAUAUUCGGAACUAAGAUGCAUCCCUGCAUUAGUUUGCGUCUAAGCCCACUUCAUGAACCCAUCAACGUACUCACGGGCGUGGAUAUCUGGCUAGAGAAUAUCCUCAAUGAAGUCCCUGAGGUAGCUAUGUGCUUCCACAAUGAGGGCAUCGUCAUGCAGGAGUACGAGAUUUACAAGACCUGCGACCUGCCUGCACUCUCCUGCUUCCACCCAGAACACAUUCUUCGCAUAAUGCGAAAUCUCAUCAUGUUCUUGAAACGCAAUGCCACGCAGGAGGGACACACCUACUGGUUGGUCAGGGAGGCCGGUUUUGAUGUCGUCAAACUCUACGAUUUAACAGUUUUGUGUGAGAAGCCGCAGCGGUCAUCCUCCGUUAGCUCAAAUCCGGAUGACUCAGCAGAUGAGUCGGACGGCGUUAAUCCCUUCAUCCUACCCGUCGCCUCCCUCUGCUAC